CGUUGCAAAUAGAGAAUAACUAUAAACAGUCUGAGUUGAAUAUUACAAUAACAAAUAAUGUCUUCACCAACUGCUUCAAAUCUAUGUUGGUUAGGGCCUACCAUAAUACAAACGUAUUUUUAGAAGACAAUACAAUGAAAAACAACAGAGCUGAUAGUCGGUACAUUGAUGUUCAAUUGACCAGUUCGAAUACUAAUGGAAAAUUCCAUAUUUUCAGAAACAAAUUUACAAACAUUGCUGCAUCCCCUUGGUUAUGGAUAGACACGGGCAAUUUCAUAAUGGCAAACAAUUCUUUUGAACAAUUCAAAAGCGUUGAUCAGUGUGCAUUAUAUGUUUCUGUAUCUAAAACAGCUUUAAUCGUUAAUGUCCCAUAUUCC